AUGGGUGGCUACCACAUAUUUUUCACGGAUUCAUCAUUGUAUAUGAAUGACAAGUUUAUAUGCAAGCCAAGGCCAUAUGUAUAUGUACAUAUCACUAGUUCCUGUACCCUGUUGGGUUCUGUGAGACAAGCUCUCACUGCUGGACAGGUGGUCUAUUUGCAAGAUGUUUGUUUUGAGAAGGCCAUUGAUAAUCCUUCACAUAUGUAUGCUGAUGUUUGUAGUAGAGUCUUUCUGACUGCAUCUGAUCCUACGACAUCACUAGAAGCUGACACAAUGCACAUUGGUGAUGAACUAGCUAAAGAGUUUUCUGGGAAAUUGCAGAUUGUUUUACCAAAAAUACUAGUAGAUAUGAAAAUUAAAACCCACUCCCUGGUGGAACUUGAAGGUGUUAUAUAUGGUGUUGAUGAAUCCACUGCAUUUUCAUGGCCAGCUUGUGAUGUCUGUGGUAAUGAAAGAUUACAAGGUGGAGAAGAUGACAAUGUCACACAGUUACACUGUAAUGAUUGUGACAGAAGUGUAACCAGUCCACAAAUUAAAAUGAAUUUAGAAGUAUACGUAAAAUGUUCACAGUUAAAAAAUAUGACUGUCAAAGUUAAGUUGCUGCAGUGUACUAUAGAGAAAUUACUCUCAGACUCUGAUGACUCUGAAGAUGGAUAUGACAUGCAGUGCAUUCUGGGUAAAUCACUUGAUUCGUUGAAAUGCUUUGUACUUGCCUUACUGGAAGAAUCUUCAUCAAAGAAGCAGAUAGUCUUAGAAGAAAUCCAAAUUUAG